CCCAUCGCCCUUGCUCUGUUUCCCUCUUCUCCUCCGCACAACCAUUCUUCUUCCUCCUCGGCUGCUUCUUCUUCUUCUUCUUCUUCUUCAUUAUCUGCUGCUCCUUUUCAUCACUCUCUCUCUCUCUCUCUGCAUCUCUGUCUCUCUAUUUUCGCGCUCUUUGUUUCUCGAACAAAAAAAAAAUCAAAGAAAAAUGUCGAUCGAUGCUGCCAUUGCUAUUGUAUGGGAUGUCUUGAAGAUGGGGUUUGCUCCCAUCAAGCGUGGAUUCGGAUACGUCAUGUCCUCCCAGAGCUACGCCAACAAUCUUCAGCAGGAGGUCCGGAAUCUGGAGUACGAAGCUCAGAGGGUCCGCAGUGCCGAGGGAGUGGCCAGAGCCAAUCUUCAGAAUAUCCACGAAUGGGUCCCAAAUUUUCUGGCAAGUGCUGAGGAGGCCUCGACGGAGGCGAGAGACCUGUUGGACAUAUUCGAAGGGGCGAGCAAGACUUGCUGCCGCGGGACUAUUCCCGACCCCAAUUGUCGCUAUCAAUUCAGCAGGAAGGCCAAGAGCAAGACUGAUGACAUUCAGAAGCUCAUUCUAGAAAACAAAGACAAGGAGAUCUCCUUCGGCGAUCCUGCUCCGGAUAACAUCUCCUUCAGCGGUCCUGCCAGGAGAGAAGGCAAUGAUGCGACGGCCUCCGUUUUAUCUGCCUCGAUGUCCGUUAAGCUUGGGGACCCUGGCGUCUUCGAAUCCAGAGCUUCGAUGAUACGGAACAUCAUGGACGCUCUUGCUGGUAACAGCAUGAGCGUGUUCGGGGUUCACGGGAUGGGCGGGGUCGGCAAGUCCACCCUUUUGGAGGAUGCUGAGAAGAGAAUAAGGGCACAAAAUUCGUUCGAUUGGGUCGCUAGGGCCGACGUGUCGGAAAAUCCAGACAUCAAGAGGAUUCAAGGAGAGAUUGCGCACUGGUUGCGCCUUACUGACUUAGAGAAGCAAGACAAUGUCAGCUUGCGAGCGACCCUUCUGCGCGAGAGGUUGGAAAAGGAUGAGAGGGAGAAAAAGAAGGUGCUCAUAAUACUGGACAACCUCUGGGAGAAGCUGGACUUGAAAUUAGUCGGCAUUCCUUGCGGACAUAACAACAAAGCCAUAGGAUGCAAGUUGUUGUUGACGUCAAGAUAUGAACGUGUUUUGCGAAGGGAAAUGCGCUGUGACAGUGCCUUCCGCCUUGGUGUGGUGGAGGAGGAAGAGGCAGAAAGAUUGUUUGAGACGAUGGUGGGAGGCAAAGUUGAAAUUGAGUUGGAACCCUUGGUGAAGGAAGCACUCGGCAUCUGUGCAGGCUUGCCUUUCCUAAUUGUUGCAAUAUCAAAGCUUUUUAUAGGCACUACUUACCCUGCAUGUAAGUGUGCUUUGACACAAAUCUGGAGCAAAGAUACCGGUGAGACAGGUGAGUUGAUAAACAAGACUCUGCAAAUUAGUUAUGAUCGUAUAAAAUCAGAGGAGGCGAAGUCAUUGUUACAACUCAUUGCUGUUUAUGGUGUCUCUAAGCCCUCUCUUGAAAAUUUGUUGAGAUAUGGCUUUGGUUUGGGGUUAUUUGAAGAAGAAAGUAGCAUGGAAGAUGCUAGAAAUAUGUUGAGCUUACUGAUCGAAGAUCUUCAAGACUCCUCCCUAUUGUUACACAGCGAAGAAGGUGAUGGUUUCAAGAUACAUGACUUGGUCCGUGAGUUUGUUGCCUUGAUCAUUUCAAAAGAUCGCCCUCUUCUUGUGCUGAAAAACGAGUCUCUUGCAAAGUUGUCCCAGGACAAGCUCCAAAGUUGCAGGGCGAUAUGCUUUCCCUAUGUUGACAUGAAAAAGCUUCCCGAAGAAUUAGUUUGUCCGGAAUUGCGCAUCUUUUUGGUGUUCGCAAACUAUAGAUCUCUUGAAAUCCCAAAUUCAUAUUUCAACUUUAUGAGAAAACUUGAGGUCUUAAAUCUCACUGGGAUACGUCUCAAUUGUCUGCCUUCGCCGUUUCAAUUCUUGAAGAAGUUACAUGCUCUCUGUCUUGACGGUUGUUCGAUAGAUAAUGUGGCAAGUCUUGGUGAGCUAAAAGGCCUCCAAAUUCUCAGCCUUCAAAACUCCAAUAUUCAGCAAUUGCCGAAGGAAAUUGGGCAACUGGUAGAGCUCAGAUUGUUAGACUUAAAUGGUUGUUCACAACUUCGAAAAAUUGAACCGGGUGUGCUUGGAAGCUUGAUCAAAUUGGAGGAGUUGUACAUGGAGAAUAGCUUUGAUCAAUGGAAUGCCGUGGAGCAAACUCCACCAACUAAUGCGAGUCUAAGUGAGUUGAAUGACAUGAAGAAUCUCCACACUCUCCAUGUGUCCAUUCCCAAUCCGAGUGUGCUCCCAGGGGACCUAAAUGUUAAGAACUUGACCAAGUACGAAAUUAAAAUAGGUCACUUGAGGCCUUUCUUGUCAAGUUACGAACUAUUAAGGACGUUGGAGCUCCAAUGGGGGUUAAGUUACAAACGAUCAAGCACAUUGGUGCUCGUAUUGGGUCCAACAAGCGAUGUUCUUCAGAAAGGAUACAUACGAAGUAUCUUGGGCAAAGCUGACAGGCUGUUUUUGGUAGGAAUGCACGGAAAUGACCAAAGUAUUUGCGCGUUAUCCCAAGUAGGUUUUCCAAAAUUAAAGUAUCUACAGGUCAUGAACAGUCCCUCCGUCCGUUACAUCCUCCAAUCGCCAUCCCAUACAGAUUUUAAGACGUUGGAGUCAUUGCUUCUCAAGAAUCUCAUCAAUUUGGAGAAGAUAUGCUGCAGCCGUACCUUGUACUCCAAGUCCUUCAGCACAUUAAAAGUAGUACGAGUUGAAGAUUGCAACAAGAUGGAAGUUCUAUUUCCUCGUUCAGUGAUGAGAGAACUUCCACAGCUAGAAGAGCUCCAAGCCGUCAAUUGCAAGUUAAUGAGGGGGAUUGUAGAGGCUGAUGAUGAUCGUGGCAAAUUUGAGUUGCCUAAGUUGCGUGUAUUGGAAUUGCGUGCCUUGCCAAAUGCCAAGAAUUUUAUCACCGCUGGGUCGUCUCCCUCGAGUAGUACAUCAGACGACCAAGUUGGCACUCAAAUUGCUUUCUUCAAUGGACAACAGGUUGCCUUUCCAAGUUUGGAGACAUUAGAAGUCUAUGGCUUGGACAAUCUCGGGUUUAUGUUUUCCCCAUCCAUGGUUAAAUCUCUUGCACAACUGAGAAAACUAAAGAUACGCGAUUGCAAGAAGAUGGAGGCGAUCAUUACGGAGGAAGAAGGAUUGGGAGUAGAAAUAUUAGAAACUCUGUCAUUUCCAAUGUUAACCGAUUUAUCCUUGACAAGGUUGGAAAGUCUUACGUGCUUCUCUCGCGAAAAAUGUUCAGAAGAAGGUCGGAGUCGGGAUUGUGCCCAAUCACGCUCCAGUGUGCUUUUCAAUCGAGAGGUUUCAUUUCCAUUCUUGGACUCAUUGAGAAUAGAAGAACUUCCCAAUUUAAAAGAGAUAUGGAGCGAUGAAUCUCCACUAGAGUCAAGCAAUCUCCGAUCUCUCAAAGUGGUGCAGUGCGAAUCUCUCUCAAAGGUUAUCAGCUCCAGAUCGUUGGCAAAGCUACACAAGCUGGAAACUUUAAGUAUCAAUGAUUGCAGUUUGGUGCAAGAAAUUUUUAACCUUGAAGGACCAAGCGCCAAUGGAGAUGUUGAGACUUUGUCAGAGUUAACCACCUUGGAAUUAAAUAAGUUGGGGAGCUUGAGGCGCAUAUGGAACGAGAAUCCUAGUGGAAUAGUGAGUUUCCAUAAAUUAAAGGAGUUUAAGUUGGAUGGCUAUGACAACCUCGAGUUUAUAUUUUUUCCAUCCAUGGUGAAAUCUCUCCCACAACUGAAAGCUCUAACAGUAUCAAAUUGCAAGAAGAUGGAGACAAUCAUCGCGGAGGAAGAAGGGCUGGGAAUGGAAAUAUCAAAAACUUUGGCAUUCUCAAUGUUAACCAAUUUACGCUUAGAUCGUUUGAAAAGUUUGAAGUGCUUCUCUCGCAGAAAGUGUAAGAUUGAUUUUUUCUUUUUAUCACUAAAGAUUUUCGUGUAG